AGGCUCUCCCUUCAUAGGUUGCACGUCGAGAAGCCUGCCGCCGUCCCCGCAGCGAACGCCGAGCAGGAAGCAAUCUCUGGUGGCGAUCAAUCCGUUCCUAAUGUGUCCCGAGGUCCUAGAAGAAGUCCAGAAGAACCCCGCCGAAGCGUCGGACUGCAUCAACAGACUGCUGGAUCAAGUUAUGCAGUGCCCCAAUGACGAGUCGCUGAUGGACGCGGCCAAGGAGACCGGGCGACAGAUGUACUCGCAUCUGUCGCACGAGGAGAGAGUGGAGAAGAUCAAUCUGAUGAUGGGCGAACUGAAGAAAAGCCUGGAUUCAGUCACCGUCGAACACAUGGAGCUGUCGAAACAAAUCGGAUCGGAAGAUUCCGAAGUCGAGAAGGCCAAGCUGGCUUUUCUGAUGGGAAAGGCCGAUGCUAAAGUUCACGGGCUAUCAGUAUUGAUGCUACAUUACUGCUCUAGUCUUCAACACACCCAGGAAAAGAUCAUUUAG